AUGAAUAGUCAAAUAUUUGGUGUUUUAUUAGAAGAUGUUCCAUUAAAAGAAGGACUUCCAUUACCAGUGUAUGAUUCAUUAAAAUAUUUUAAAGAAAAUCCAACAUUAUUAGAAACAGAAGGAUUAUUUAGAAUACCAGGAAAUAUGUCAGUUGUUAAUAAUUUAAAGAAAGAAUAUAAUGAAGGAAAAGAAGUCAAAUUAGAAGGAGAAAAUAUUCAUACUAUAGCUUCAUUAUUUAAAUUAUAUUUUAGAGAAUUACCUGAUAGUUUAGUUACAGAAGAAAAUACUGAUUUAUUUCUUGUAUUUAUUGAAUUAGAUAAAAUAGAUAAAAACCAAACAAUUAAAAAAUUACAAAAUGUAUUAAAAGAAUUACCACAAGUUCAUUUAAAUGUUUUAAAAUCAUUAAUUGGGUUUUUAGUUCAAAUUACUGAAAAGAGUGAUUUAAAUAAAAUGGAUUCAAGAAAUCUUUCAUUAAUCUUUGGUCCUAAUAUUUUUAAUCAUCAAGAAGCUUUAGACUUAGUUCGUCCUGAUAAUCCUGCAACAACUUGUACUCAAUAUUUCAUUGAUAAUUAUCAUCAAAUCUUCGACUCUUUAGAUGUUUUUUUUCCAUUAUUAAAUACUGUUGAUAAUAAUACUAACACUCCUUCUCAAAACUCUCAAAUUAAUGAAGUUAAUUCUCAACAACCACUUCCAUCUUCUAAUCAUUUAACCAUCCCAAAUAAACCACUUCCUAAUAUUCCAAUUAAUAGAGACUCUUUACAAAAUAUCCCUCAAAAACUUGAUGAUAAAAUAGUAAUUCAAUCACAUUUACAAAAUGAACCUGAACAACACAAUUAA